CCGCCCCUCUUCGCCGUCGUCACGUGACAGCGCGACCGGUCUCCUAGCAACGCCGACUCUCCUCAACCUGGGCCGGUCAUCGAGUGGGAGUCAUUAAGGUUCUAUUAAUAUUGCAGAGUGAGCGGGCAGCGCCGAGGCCGAGACAUCGCGGCUCACAACAUGGACCAGCCGGGGGCUGAGGACGGGGAGCGAAUGGGCGAUGUAGAGACGGAGCCCAGCGACGCCGGCGCUGGCGAGUGGUCAGCCGGCGCGUCAGCGGGGAGCCACUCGCGUCCUCGCUCCCACGCCAGCUCGGAGCGGAGCAGCCAAGACCGGCGCCCAGCCAGCGCCACCGCUGCCCGCACCUCCACCUCCACUCUAGGUGGACCGGAGGAAGUUACGGAGGUCGGAGGUCACGUUGACAGCGAUGACGAGGACCAGGAGGAUGCGUGGCGGAACGCAGCGACCUCCUCCGCCAUCGCUGCCGCUGUCGCCGCCGCCGAUGAUAAUGAUGACAAUUAUGAAGAACAGGGAGGAUGGGGGGAACACGGGGAUCCGUCGGGGGGAGGAGAAAGAGAGGAGGGAGGAGAGGGGGACAGACGUGGGGACGAAGGCUCGGAGCGAGGAGGGAGUGAUGCGGAGGACGACCUCGUUGUGCUCGACCCGGAUCAUGUGGGUGUCGCUCCUUUUGGCUCACACGCACACCUCUUUUCCACUGGGGGGGAGCAUAGUACAGUACAGGAAGUCUUCGUUUAA